AAUAUUACUAUGGAGCCAUGCGAAGAGAAUGAUGCAUCUAAUACGACAAAUGCUGUUAAAGCAGAUAUUUCUCCUAAGACAAAACAAAAGAAGAAAUCUCUAUGUUGCAUGCUUAUGAAUAAAAAAACCAGAGUUGGUUGUUUGGAAACAUCUUACAAAGAUGGUAAUUCAAAUAAAAAUUCAAAAAUGGAAAAUUCACAACAUGGAUCUCAUACUAGUACAAAACUCUCAUUGUGUUGCGCGAUGACUGAACGCAGCAAGACACCACCGCAAAGUUUGACUGUCAGUAGAUUGUCUCCAACUACAUUAAGUCGUACAUCUGUCAAAUCUGAAGUAGCUUCUGUUAAUGGAAAUUGUCAAACAGAUGUAUUAGUGGAGAAGGAGGAAAUCUAUACAUCAAGUGCUACACGUAACAUUCAAAAAAACAUGGAGAAGAAUAGUAUUUUUGUAGAGAAAGAACAACAACAAAAUACUUUCGUUGAAGAGUUAACAGAAGAUUUAUUUGAGGAAUCAUCAGAAGAUGAAAAUGAACUUUUGAUUGAUUAUGAAAAAAAUGAAAGAAAUAUCAAGGAUGAAUAUUUUACAAAAGGAAAAUAUAUCUCUUAUUUCUUCUUGGAAAUGGAACGGCAGUUCUACAAUCCUCAUGAAGUUUAUAGUAUGGUUCAAUACCAUGAAUCUAACAAUACUGAAAAACCAGGAAAAGAAGGUGAAAAUUCAUCCUCUGGAUCUACUUCACCAAGUGUUCCUGCAUAUUUAAGACAAAGACUAAUUCAUAGACGGUCUGUAGAUAAUUUAGUAGCAAAUUCUCCAACAAAUUCUAUGCGACAUUCGAGUCCAGAGUCUAUAAAAAGUGCCCCUGUUCAACUCAAACCACGUUCCACAUCUCAUGAUACUUUGUCUAAAAAAAAAGAACGUCAUCGAUCUCAAACAACUGGAACGUCUAUGGAUAGCUUAGCAAAACAAGCACUACUAGCUGCUCAAGUCUUUAAUUUAAUUCCUACACAAAAAGCUCGAGAAAGAAAUUUUCUUCAUGGAAGGAUUGCUGCAAACUCAUUGCUUGGACCAGUAGAACUUGAGAAAGUAUUACCAAAUCGCGAAUUGAAAAUUUUUGUUGGUACAUGGAACAUGAAUGGGCAAAGUCCACCGAAAGAGUUAAAUGAUUUUAUGUUACCUUCGGAUAUAGAAACUGUUCCAGAUUUAUUAGCAAUUGGAACACAAGAAUCCUGUUCCGAACGAAGCGAAUGGGAAGCAGCUUUACAAGAAACUCUUGGUCCUUCUCAUGUACUAUUGUUUAGUACUGGUUUAGGAACAUUACAUCUUGCUUUAUUUUUAAGAAGAGAUUUAAUUUGGUUCUGUUCUGUUGCUGAGGAUGCCAAUUUUUCAACUAGAACAGGGACCGCUUUUAGAACAAAGGGAGCAGUGGCCAUAGCUUUAAUGUUAUUUGGUACAAGUUUUCUUUUUGUUACUGCACAUUUAACCGCACAUCAAGAUAAAGUCAAAGAACGAGUAAAUGAUAUUAAAAGAAUAGUUAGAAAUCUUGAUCUUCCUAAAGAUUUACCUACAAGACAUAAAAACAAAGAUGUAACUCAGAACUUUGAUUGUGUGUUCUGGUGUGGAGAUUUAAAUUUUCGCCUAGCUCAACCAAGAGAAGAAGUUAUUCAGUGGGUUACGGAUACAUGUUUCCCUCAACAGUCACCGAUAAAUUUACAUAAAGAUCAAUUACGAACAAUUCUUAAUGAAGGAGCUGUUUUACGUGGGUUUGAAGAGGCACCAAUUAUGUUUCCUCCUACUUAUAAAUACGAUCCAGGAACUCAAAAUUUCGAUUCAAGUAGUAAGCAACGCACACCCGCGUAUACUGACAGAAUUCUCUUUAAGGGAAAAGGGCACACAAGAGGAUACAUUCGAAGAGUUAGUCACGAAAGUACUAAUUCAUAUAAAGAUGGAGUUAUAGAAUGUUUGGUAUAUGACUCUGUUCCAAGCAUUUGUACUUCAGAUCACAAACCUGUAUGGGGUGUUUUUAAAACAACCAUAAGGCCCGGCAUUGAUACAAUUCCUCUUGGUGGUGGUUUGUUCAACCGCGAAGUAUAUUUAGAAGGUAUAAAAAGACGAGCAGCUGCUAUGGAUGAAUCUCGUGGAACUUCAAAAGUAUGUUCAUUACAAUAAACGUAAAUAUGAAUUUCAGUGAUGAAAAAGAUUUCACAUUGUCGAGUUUGUACAACACAAGUAUUAUAUAUUUAUUCAUUCUAAUUUUUUAAUGCCAGAAUGUGAGAACAUAGCUAUUGCAAUUCUCAUAGCCAAUGUCACUUCUUUUUUGUAUACUCCCUCUCUUUCUCUAUACAGAUGUGUAUGAAAAAUUUAUAACCAUUCAUAACUUUUUUACACGAAUAACAAAAACCGUUUUUCUAGUGCAGUUUAUAUAGCAUAUUAUUGUAUAAUGUGCACUUUGUAAUAUCUAGUCAAGAGAAAAAUAUAUGUAAACUGUCCAUUCAUGAAAUUAGCAGUCUCAACAGUAGGAUAUAAUUGUUGUGUGCCAUUUAUAAAAAUGCGAAAAAAAACGAACAGAAUAAUCUGUUGUCUCAAUAUUCAAACCAUAUACAAAAUUUCAGAUUGUACUACUAUUUCAUAGCUAUGCUUUAUACAUUUUAUGUAUGCAUAAAUCAUAACUUAGAAGAGUGUUAAAAACUUUAAAAGACAUAAGCAUUGUAUUAUAUUUAUUUAAAAUAUUCUAUAUUUAAAUGCAUUAUAAGCACAAUGAAACAAUUGAUUAGAAAUUAAAUAUUUCAAUAAAAAAAUAUUUGUUUUUAAAUAAAUAAUUUAUUUAAAAAACAAUAUGCAAGUCUAAGCUAUGUUAAACUAUAUAAAUGUAAUACUGAUUUUAAGAUAAGGAUUAUCUAUAAGUAACUUACUGGUUGUUUUAACUAUGAUUUUAUAAUUUGUAAGUUGUUUAGUUCAUUUUGGAACUUUAUUUAUUGGUACCACCCACUGUAAUAAACUAGAUGAAAAAUUAACAUUAUUUAAAAAUAUAUAUUUAAAUUUCAUUAUCAA